AUGGCCUCAUGCCAUUGCCUGCUCAAUUCCAUGCCGUUCGGUGUGCUGUGCAGCAACGGAGGAGCAAUUCAACAUUACUCCGCGCGUUGCAUGGCUAUUGACCCCUUCGGCCACUCCGCCACCCAGGCUAGCCUUAUCACCUCGCAGGGUGGUUUGGAUGCCUUUAUCUUUGGCCGAGCGGACUAUGAAGACGUGGAGAAGCGCAAAGCAGAGCAGAAAAUGGAGUUUGUGUGGCGGGCGGGCACAGGGGCGCCCAGGGAUACGCAGGUGUUCACUAGGAUUCUGUACGAUAGGUAUUACUCGCCACAGGAGUUCCGUUACCAGCAGACAGACAGCCCAGAGUACCGAUUCAGGGACUGGCCGAACGAGAGAAAUCCCAAAGUGGAGCAAUUUGUGAACUUCUUUGUUCAGGAGACAUUGAACAGGGCACGGGCGUUCCGCACGAACCACCUGCUGUUCCCCAUGGGCGAGGACUUCUCGUUCAACGAGGCCAUCAUGUGGUUCAAGAACAUGGACAAGCUCAUUCACUACGUCAACCUGCUGGCGGAGCUGCUGCUGCUGUCGUCGGCUCGAGGGCUCAUCCACUCGCUGCCCUCCAUUGAGGCGCUCUUCAUUGCCGCGCAGGGGAGACGCUGCGUUUGCGGUGGAGGAGAGUGUGUGCGCUGCCCCCGUGCGGCUGGGUUUGUCAACCAGAAGUACCUGCAGCAGAUGCUCGUGGAUGAGCACCUCAAGACAGUGUACUGCUCGGUGCCAAAGGUGGCCUACACGAGUUGGAAGGUGUGGUUCCAGCAGCAGCUGUCUCAGCGGCUGGGCGGCUGCAAGUUGACCAGCGCGCAGCGGUUCGCACGCACGUCGGUGCACUGCCCAGUGCAGAGCGGGCUGAGCAUCAUGGGGUACGGGUUUGAGGAGCACGACAACAUCCGCCUCCUCACGCGACCGGAUUUGUUCAAGUUCUCGUUUGUGCGCAACCCGUUUACGAGGAUUGCGUCGGCGUAUUUGAACAAGCACGUGAAUGGGGGAGGCCUGCACGGCCGCAAGUACUGGAACGAGCGCUUCCUUUUGGGGAUUCGGGGAUAUGAGGCGUUCAUGAGGAGCCAGAACGGCAGUGACUUCAUCCCCUUCUCAACCUUCAUGUCGUUCCUCCAGAGACGAGCCACACGCUGUGUAGAGUGCAUGGACCCCCAUGUCCGCCCACAGAUCGACCUAUGCCAGUUGAAUGCGAUCCGAUAUGAAUUUAUCGGGCGCUUUGAGAAUCUAGAGGAGGAUGUGGCAAAGGUGAUGCGGCAUUUUGGAAAGGAGGAGGAAAAUCCCUUCCAUGAUGCCCAUUGGGCGCACCCAACCAAUGCUUCAGCUCGGCUUCUCGAGCUGUAUGAUAAGGUGAGUAAGAAGGAUUGUGCAUUUGUCCGAUUGAAGCUGCAUUUCAAGGCAUUCCAAGGUGACGUGUCAAAGGACCCCUCUAACGGGUAUAACGAUUGGGCUGCAGCUGCUAUGCAGGCGUACUACAAGUCCGGAGGGCAAGCGGCGCAUGCGGGGGGUUAUUACGGCGCACCAAUGGGAGGGCAUCCCCAUCCGUACAUGUGGGGACCACAGCCAAUGAUGGCAGCGCACUACGGUGGUGUACCACCAGGCCCCUACGGCUAUGCGGCCAUGUAUGCCGCACCUCACCCAGGCAUGCCCCAAGGCGCUGCAGGGGCAGUUGCCCCAUCCCCUUACGGCUACCCUCCUCCACAAUCGGCGGACGGCUCUGAGGUGCCAGCAGCAGCAGCAAUGAUGGGGAUGACCCCCAUGGGCCCCAUGGCCAUGCCAGCAGCACAGGCCUACCCCGGCAUGCCAAUGGACUACUCCCACGAUGCCAUGGCUGCUGCUGCCGCCGCCGCCGCCGCUGCCAGUGCUGCCGGCGGGGCUGCUGCUGCCGGGCCUGCCCCUCCAGCAGCUGCAGCUACUCCUGCUGCGCCUGCUGCCCAAGCUGCCCCUUCUAAGCGCAAACGGUCGUCUCAGCAGUCACAUGGUCAAGAUGGCGCUCUUGCUACCACUGGGGGAACAAGCCUUGCCCAUUCGCAUGCGCAGGCGGCUCCAGGCUCGGGCCAAGCCUUGGCCCUGGCGUCAGGCUCGGCGGGAGAGUACACAUCCAUGCCUUCAAGCCCGUCGGAAGGCCCGCCUGCUUCGGCCGCAGCUGCAGCUGCUGCUGCUGGUCUAGGCGGUGGUGCUGGUGCCGGUGGUGGGGGUGGUCAUGCUGCUGCUGCGGGGGCGAGAGGGGGGGUGGCUGGCGGAAUGACUUAUAACCCCAUGGGUGCAUCUCCUGCGGAUAUGUGGACUGGUGCUGCUGCUCCUGCUGCUGUGCCGCCCCCUGCCUCCUUGGGGCAGGGUGUUGGGGGGAAGCUGGGGGCGCGUGCGGUAGGGGCGAGGGCAGGCGGGGAUGCGGGCGACGUGGGAGGGAGUCUGAUCUACCAGGUGCCGUUUCGCGGGGACGAGAGGGAGGUGAAGAGGCAGAGGCGGAAGCAGAGCAACAGGGAGAGCGCAAGGCGGUCGCGGCUGAGGAAGCAGGCAGAGUGUGACGAGCUGAUAGCAAGGCAGACCGCUGUGCAGAUGGAAAACAUGGGUCUCAAUGCGGAGCUAGCAAAGCUGAGAGAGCAGUACGCCUCCCUGUGCGCUCAGAACGCCCAGCUCCGAACCAUGCUUCAAGAGUCAGGUGUAGAUCCAUCUGCAGAAGGAGCAUCCUUCCCACCGGCAUCAUAUAACCCAAUGCACAAGUAUCAGCUCACCUCCGUACCGCCCAGUACCGCUCAUGCACCACCACCACCUCACGAGCCUUCAACUGCCCCUGCCUCUUCUCUUCCUCCCCCUUCAUCCACUCUUGAACCCCUACAACCCAACCAUCCUUCUCUCCUCCCUGCCCCUCCCUCUGGGCCUCAAUCCACCUCGGCUGGUGAGGGAGGGGCAAGGAUGGAGGGAGAUCAAGGAGGGGAAUUAGAAGGGGUGGCACAGGGAGGGGGUGAGAUGAACGUGCAGGUGAUGCAAGCGGCGGAGCAGGAGGAUCAUGGAGUACCGUUUGCUCAACAGAAAGAGGAGGAAUCGGGAGCAAGGGAGGAGCAAAAGGAGGAGAAGACGAAGGAGCAGCAGCAGCAGCAGCAGCAGCAGGAACAGCCCAAGCAGCAUGAGCAGAAGCUUGAGCAGCAGAAGGACGAAGAGGUGGUUGGUGCUGGAGGGGAGGGGAUAGGAGAGGUGGAUGGGGGGAAGGAUGGAGCAGCAGAGGAGGGCGGAAGGCAUGAGGGUGCCCCUUUGGUGGGCGGGGAGGAGCAGCAACCUGUGGGUGACAGCAAUGGGAGCGGGCAAGGGGUGGCUGAGACAGCUGAGGCUGCGCAGGGGCAGGAGAGGGGAGGGAUAGCAGAGGCGCAGCAAGAGAAGCCUGAAAGUGAAGGCAAGGAACCAGACGGAUUGGCAGUUGCAGAUGCGGGUGGGGCAGGGAAGGAGCAUGAGCAGCACCCCCCGAGUGAUGUGGAUCAUGGGGCCUCUGAGCCGCCUCAGCCAGUGGCAGAAGGGACAGAAGGGACAGAAAGGACAGAAGACCAAGGAGAGGCUCUGAAGGCAGCAGCUGGUGAUGCUGUUGGUGUGGGAGUAGGUGCAGAGCCUUCCCGAGAAGCAGCAGCUGCAGCGGCGGCGGCAGCAGAGGGGGAGGAAACUGAGAUGGUAGACGCUAGUGCAGCUGAAGAAUCAGCAGGUGAAAAGGAGAAGCAAAGGGGGGGUGAGACUAAUUUAGCUGGUACAGACAGAGAAGGCUCCAAGGUUGGUGAAGAAAGCACGGAGGUUGGUGAAGGUGCAACAGGGGUGGAGGAGCAAGAGGGAAUUAAGGAUGGUUCAGUUGCAGGUACGGCUGUGACGGCGGCGACAAGUAUUGGUGAAGCCGUAGCAGGGGGUGUACCUGCUGAUGCCAGUAAAGGUGCUGAGGCUGCGCCAGUGGCUGAUGAGCAUGCAGCACCAGUGGUGGGUGCUGCAGGGGUGGGUGGCACAGGGGAUGGCGCUACAGGGGAGGGCGCUACAGGGGAGGGUUCUACUGGAGAGGGUGCUACUGGAGAGGGUGCCACUAAGGGGGGUGUUGCUGUGGAGAGUGGUGCAGCGGAGGGUGCUGUAGAAGCAACAGAGGGGAAAGAGGUGUCAGGGCCAGAGGCCGCAGGUGCGAGUAAGGUAGAAGCUGAGGAGGCGAGGGAAGAAGGGGCUCCCAAGGGCAUGAUUGCGGAUCGAAGUGUUGAUGGUGGGAUUGGGAGUGUGGAGAAUGGUAGCCGUACACAAUCAGGUGAAAGGACAGAUGUUGAAACGGGAGACACAAAGGAUGUUUAG